AUGACCGUGGCUGGCUGGGCCACUCAGGACACUGUGGGGCUGUUUCAUGAGCCUAUCAACCAGCACAGCUCCGAGUGCCGGCCCUGGGCUCCUGCACAGGAAACGUUUAGCACAGAGCCAUACGCAGUGCAUACACGCCCGAGGCAGGAGCCACGUUACUCGGUCACGCGGUGUGCCGGUGCCAGGGCCUUCCCACCGCUGGCCUCCCGCCCGCACGUCACCACGAUGCUGGUGGCAGUCGUGCCACUCUUUGCCGUCCUGUGGAUGCCCUACCGCACGCUGGAGCUGCUCAACUCCUUUGUGGCCCAGCCUUUCCCGGACCCCUGGGGGCUGCUCUUCUGCCGCACCUGCGUCUACACAAACAGCGCCAUCAACCCCAUCCUCUGCAGCCUCACGUCCCCGAAGUUCCCUGCCUUCCAGCGGCUGUGCGGGGGUGGGGUGGAGGAGCCACAGAGGCGCACGGCUGGCCUCAGCUCCACCAGCUACAGCGUGGACCCCAGAAGACGCAGACCCGCGGGAGUGAGCCCACGGGCCCUCAGGCAGCUGGACCCCCACUCCAGCAGCAGGGGCCUGGUUUCAGCACCAUCUGAGGGCUGCCCUCUCCCUGCCCAGCCCCUCUCGCCUCCCUCGGUUUGCUCCUGUGCUGGGUCCUAUCUGCUGGUGGCUGGCAGGGCCAGGAGAAGGGAGACACCCCUUUGCCAACAGCUCUUCUGGGUCCCUGGUGCCUUCCCUCCCCACGAACGAGGACUGGUCACGUGUCCUAGUUCUGGUCCGGCGGUUGGGCUCCAUUUGGGUAGCGCUCUCCCCUCCUCUGGAAGUGGGGGAGGUUAGGAGCAGGAAGAAGCUGGGAGGGUCCCAGCCUUCACUGGUGUAAAUUAGGACCCUCCAUCUGUUAUUACUCAUUCGUUUAAGCACUCUGUUUUCCAGGGGACAAGUCCUGAUGGGUGUUACAGGAAUGCAUUUCCAGUCUCUGGUGACAGCCUGUGUCAGUCCGGCUGUGGGCAGAGCCCGUGUGCGACGUUUUCCAAGCGGGACGGUGCCACCUGGUACCACAUAGAAAGGGUACCCGGCUCUACCGCUGACACCCAGAGACACCGCUGGCAGACUCGCCACUCACGUGUGCUGAGGCUGGCCGGUACCCGGGCCUCCAGCGUCCUCCCCUUUGAGCUCUGUCCCUGGACCACAAGCCCUGAGUGGUGCGGCCACGGGUCAUAAACAGAGCAGAGCGCUGUGUUUCCUCGGGCCCCUCAGCCAGACACAGGAAGCCUUCCUGAACCCCCUCGCCCGAAGUGUUCAAGCUCUGCUCUCGUGGGCCCCGCUUUGCUGACCACUGCCCUCUACACCCAGCACCGGAGGGGGAGUGAAGGGGGUGGGACGGCCAGGCCCCAGGCUUCUUCCUCUCGGACUCCAUCUCUUUUCUGGGUGCAACACUGCAGCUAAAGGCAUUGACGAUUCAGGCGUCAGGUGGCAAAAGAAGCCCUCCACGGGGGAGCCAGAUGUGUUUCUGGGCCAGCUGGUGCGUGGGACUGUUGCCUGGCCCGGCUCUCAGAACCGCAGGCCUGUUUCUUCCCGCCGCUUCCCAGGCGAGACUGUAUGGAAAGUGCUUUCAAAAUCGCGGGCGGGGACACAUAUCAGCGGUUGUCACCUCUGCUGUGACUCCAAGCGCCAGCGGAGGCUGGGCCGAGGGCCACAUGCGAGCGGCCAGAACCCCCAGGUCAAGGGCCCGGCGGGCGGCCGGCUAUGCGUUGAGCCGUCCCGGCCCCAGGGGAGGACGCGGCCGGUUUACAGGGGCCGUAUGGUGUCGGCCAAGCGGGACGAACUGAUGCCCGGCCUUCCAUUGGUGCUCGCGGCUGUCCAUCCUGCUGAUCCACCAAUGAGGGGAGAGCGUGGGUGUGAAUGGGUGUGGCCGUGGUCACGUGACAGCCGCAGACAGCGGACCCCGCUGGCCCAGCUGGCCCCUUGCCAGCCGCCUGUCCACGCAGGACCCUCCUCCUGGUGGUCCUUACUGAUGGUCAGGGGCUCCGGGCCAGCCCGCUACAAGCAGCUCUUCUAACCCAGCAAUGACCCUGUCAAGGGGACCUCCAGUUCUCCCGGUUUUACUGAUGAGGAAACUGAGGCCGGGAGACCUUCAGGCGGUCGCCUGUCCCCGGUGGGUGAGACGCGGAGCUCCUGACCGCAAAGCCGUUAGGCCGAAGGCACAGGACCCUGACCCCAUCCCCAUUCUCUCCGAAAUUAUUUUCCUCUUGGGCCCCUGUGAUGCUCAUUAAAGCAGA